ACAACACACCGCGUUAUCGUCCUGCUUAGGUGAGAUCGAGUGGUGGUCUUUUUUUUACCAGAGCUGUUCAAAACAAGAUCACUUUCCCGAUAUUUUUUAAUCAUGGAGGAAACUAAUACAAAAUGAUCUGAAAACGUUUUAUUUUUUAGCUGAGGCAGAAGAAACCGUGAAGACUAAUGGGGAUUGAACUUCUAAGCCUUAUUCUUCUGUACAUGGCCAGCAAUGUGGAAGGGUCUUGUUCCGCUGGGAGGGCGAUGACCUGCGACGAAUGCCUGCGUCUCGGUCCACACUGCUCUUGGUGUACACAAGAGAACUUCACAGACUCGUUUUCAGUCAGUGAAAGAUGCAAUACACCACAGUCAUUGAUGUAUAUGGGGUGUACGGAGGAAUUUGUGGAGUUCCCUGUCACCAGCACACUUAUCCAUGAAGAUGAGCCUGUGGGGCGAAGGAACAGUAGUGACAACUUUACCCAGAUAUCACCACAGAGAAUGUCACUGAAGCUACGACCAGGCAGCAAGGUCACAUUCCAAAUCAAUGUUCAGCAAACAAAGGAUUACCCAGUGGACAUUUACUACCUGAUGGACCUGUCUGCAUCCAUGGUUGACGACCUUGCGAUGAUCAAGGACUUGGGGUCCACACUGUCCAAGGAGAUGGCCAAGCUUACCAGUAAAUUCCAGCUGGGCUUUGGAUCAUUUGUUGAGAAACCAGUCCUCCCUUUUAUUAAAAUCACUCCUGCACAGCUGGAGAACCCUUGCAGGAGUGUGGAUAAUUACUGUUUGCCCACCUUUGGAUACAAGCACGUGUUGCCACUCACCAGCAGUGCGGAUAAAUUCAAUGAAAUUAUAAAAAAGCAGCGCGUGUCUGCUAAUGAGGACGAGCUGGAGUGUGGCUUUGAUGCGAUUAUGCAGGCCGCGGUCUGUGGGGAUAAAAUCGGCUGGAGAAAUGACUCCAUGCACCUGGUGGUCUUUGUCAGCGAUGCAGACUCGCACUUUGGGAUGGACAGCAAAAUGGCUGGCAUUGUUGUCCCCAAUGAUGGCGAAUGCCACCUGGACAGCAACAACGAAUACUCUAAGGCUGCAGUCUUGGAGUACCCAACUCUUGGCCAACUCAUAGACAAGCUGGUGGAAAACAAUAUACUUCUGAUAUUUGCUGUGACUAAAAACCAGAAGGCCAUCUAUGAGAAUUAUGCCAAUCUCAUCCCUGGAGCCACAGUUGGAGUUCUUGAAGAUGACUCACAGAACAUUCUGGAACUGAUCUUGACUGCUUAUAAAGAGCUGCGGUCGGAAAUUGACAUGGAGGUCUUGGGGGACACAGGGGACCUUCAGAUCGCCUUCACAGCUAUCUGUCACGACGGACAGGCUGCCCAGCCUGGUCAGAAACGCUGCUCCAAUGUGAAAGUUGGAAAUACGGUGUCCUUUAACGUGACCGUGGAGCUCUCGGACUGCUUCUCCAGCCCCAGGCGCUUCUCCAUCAAACCGGUGGGCUUCCGCAACGCCCUGGAGGUGGAGCUGGAGGCGCUGUGCAGCUGCGACUGCCACCGGCGGCCGGAGCUGAACAGCAGCCGCUGCAGCGAGGGCCGGGGGGCGCUGGAGUGCGGUCUAUGCACCUGCCAGCCGGGCUACAUGGGCCCGCACUGCGAAUGUACCGAGGGCAGCCUGCAGACCAGCGACUGCAAGGCCCGUCCGGGGGCCGAAAUCUGCAGCGGCCAGGGGGAGUGCUACUGCGGCCAGUGCGUCUGCCACGCCUCUAGCUUCGGCCGCAUCCACGGGGCCUACUGCGAGUGCGACGACUACUCCUGCCCCCGAUUCCGCGGGAAACUCUGCGGAGGCCACGGGGCGUGUAACUGCGGUGAGUGUUUGUGCCACGCCGGCUGGACGGGGGAGUUCUGCAACUGCAGCAGCAGCACACAGGCCUGCGUCUCUGCCGACGGCGAGCUGUGCAGCGGGAGGGGGAAGUGCGUCUGCGGGAAAUGUGCGUGCGCAGUCCCGGGAGCCUCCGGGGACACCUGCGAACGAUGCCCCACCUGCGGAGACUCCUGCAGCUCCUCCCGGGGCUGCGUCGAGUGUCACCUCCAAGCAAAGGACUCUCCCGAGGAGUGUCACCACAAGUGCAGCGUCAUUCACACCUACGUCAACUGGACCACAGACUAUGAUGAGAGCCAGUCGAUCCUGUGUAAGUUAAAUGGCGAGAAUGACUGCAUCAUCUCUUUUAACAUCACACCUGAGCCGCAAGGAAACACCGUCUAUGACCUCAAGCUCUCCGACUGUCCAGAGCCACCAAACAUACCGAUGAUCGUGCUGGGAGUGUCUCUGUCCAUCCUGACCAUUGGAAUCAUUUUGCUGGGAAUUUGGAAACUGCUGGUGUCAGUUCACGAUCGGAAAGAAGUCGCAAAAUUUGAGGCAGAGAAGGCCAAGGCAAAGUGGCAGUCGGAUACAAAUCCUCUUUUUAAAAGCUCAACAUCAACAUUUAAAAAUGUAACGUAUAAAAGCACAGGGAAACAAAAAGUUGACAUUUCAGUGGACAAUUACUGAACAUCCACAUUGGGUUUUGUGAAUGUCUAUGCUGUAUUAAGAAGCUGAGUGCACUAGUUGGGUGUUUUCACAACCUGUGCAGACUUGUGUACUAUAUGGUUGCACUGUGUGUUUUUGUGAAUAUCAUAAAUGCAUUACUUCAUAACAGGAAACAAUGCUUUCUCAUCAGAUUUACUGUGUUUUCCGGGACAAUUCCACUCGAAAGCAGUGAAAUAGUAUGCUUUUAUUCAAUGUGGAUUGUUCUAGAUUUUGCUGCUUGAAGAUUUAAAUUUGUACUACUGAUCAUAAUAAUGAAUUGAACACUGGACUACUCUUAUACUGUUCUUUUAUACAAGUUUACAGUUUUAGGUAUGGCACACUGUAGAUAUUUUUUUUUGUUUGUUUGUUUUUAAGGAUUGUGAAAAAUAUUUAGGAGUAUAAUUUUUUUGAGGCUGAGCCUUGAACUGUGUUAGACUGCAUUUUUUAUUUCCAAAUUGUGCAAAUAAAGUUUACAUUUGCUCUA